CAUUCCUGUGGGAGGGCGGCGUGCCCAGGCGCAGCACCCUGCAAGGAGGGGCUGUGCUCUGCUGCUCUUCUGCGCCCCGAGAGCCCGUGGCCUUGCCUGUCGCCAUGCCUGCCCGCUGCCUCCUCCUCCUGGGGCUGCUCCUGGUGCUGGAGCCUGUCUGCUGCCAGGAAGCCCGGGGCAGUCUCCAGCCGUGGUCACAGGGUGUCAUCGCUGUGGUUGUGUUUCUAGUCCUGGUGGCCAUCGCUUUCGUGGUCAAUAGGUUCUGGUGUAAGGAGAAGGUGGAAAAUGUCGAGACAGUGGUGAGUGUCGAGGACAAGAAGGAGCCUGUCAUGUCCAACGGCCACGAAGGGAGAUAUCUAACUGCUGCAGCCGACUUCAGGUCCAAAGAGAGCCAGCACGCCUACGAGAAUACCCUGGAACCCGAGGAGAGGGUGAUCACCACUGCCAUGUAGCAGGCACCCUGGCCGGCCACCCUCCCUCCUCUCACUUUGCUUCCUGCUGUCAUGAUGGGCAUUUCCACAGGGACCCUCUGCACCAGGUGCACAGCGGCUCUCAGACCUCUCCAUGGCACCUCCAUCUCCUGAUCUUUUCCCUUCCCACCUGCAGGACAUGCUCUUCUGCCUCGUGGGCUGGUGUCCAUGUGGGCAUCAGUCCCUGGGAAAGGUCUGGAGGUGCCACAUCUCCUGCCUGGCGGACAACCCACCUGGUUGGCAAGGCUGGUGUGCCUGGUACCAGGGGGAUGCUGACCUGCUCCACACAUGGAGGGGGUCUCCUCUGGGUGCCUGGGACCUCCCUGCACCCCCAGCUGCUCUCCAGGGAGCUGCUGAUGGAAAACCUGCUGUCUUCUCCCCAUUUCACUCUGUUUUUAUGACCUACACCAUACAUUUUAAUGCCAGAACAAACCUCCUCUGUAUAUAUCUUCCCUGUGAGCAAUAAAGAGAAUCGUUGCCCA